CGGACUCGGUAACAAGUAUAACGAUGAGGGUGUGUCUCACAAACGACCGAAAUGUAUAGCAACAAACUUAUCUAUUAAACUCGUCUCUCACUCAACGGCGCAGCAAUAAUGAAGAUCUUGUUUUUAAUGUUUUUAUCCAUGUUCGUCACUGACGGUGUGUUUGGUGUUGAUCCCGAUGGAGUGAAGACUGUGAUAGAGGGAGAUUCUCUCACUCUACAGACUGAUUUUACUGAAAUGCAGAAAGAUGGUCUAACAGAGUGGAAAUUUAUCAACACUAACAUCGCAACAAUCAAUAAAGGAACUGGUAAAGUUGAAUACAAUGAUGAUAACCUGAUGAUGAUGUUUAGCGGCAGACUUACUCUGGAACAAACUGGAUUCCUCACCAUCUGGAACAUCAGAAUCAAACACUCGGGAGAAUAUAAAGUGGAGAGUGUCAGCAGUGUAGGGACCAAAUCCAAGACAUUCAAAGUGAUUGUGAAAGAAUCUCCACUCAAAUCUGUUGAAGAUAAAGAUGAAAUAAAGGUGUUGUCAGCCACGAAGGGAAGAUCUGAGACUCUACACACUGAAACUGAACUACAGGAACAUGAUCUAAUACUGUGGAGGUUUGGAGCUGAAGGAUCUCUCAUUGCUAAAGGUGAUACAGAAGACAAUCACACAUCAUACUAUGAUGGUGAUGAUGGGAGAUUCAGAGGCAGACUGGAGAUGGACAGAAAGACUGGAUCUCUGACCAUCAAAGACUUCGAAUCUGAACAGACUGGAGAAUUUAGACUAAAGAUCAUCAGCGACAGAAGGAUCGUGUUCAAAAGAUUUGUUGUUACUGUCUCUGUCCCAGGUUUGUCAGCAGGUGCUAUAGCAGGAAUAUGUGUUGCUCUUCUGCUGCUGGUGGCUGCAGCUGUAACUUCUGGUGUUGUGAUUUAUUUUCGGCACAAGAUCUCUGAACUAAAAAAACUAAUACCAAAGAUCUCUGAACGACUAGAGCAACUGCCAAAGAUUUCUAAAGAUCUAGAGCAACUGUUGAAGCUCUUCAAACGAUUGUCGGAGAUCUCUGAAAAAAAGGAACCCGAGAUCAAUGAAAAAGAACUGGUGAAGAUUUCUGAAAAACUAAAGAAGAUGUCCGAUGUCUGUGAAAAAGAAUUACCAAAGAUCUCUGAACAUCUAGAGAAACUGCGUGAAGAGAAGAUCUCUGAACGACUGUGCGAUAUCUCAGAAAAACUAAAGGAAAUUUUUGAAGGCAAGAAAUCUGAAAAACAACGGAAACUUUGUGCUAAUGUCACAAAAGAAGAGAAAACGAGACCAGAAGAGGGGGAAAAAUCCAUUUAUGUUGAAGAUACUGCCAUAAGUCUAUCGAGAGGAAAGACACAUGGUGGGAGUUUCAAAUUAAAGGAAGGGAAGAAUGUUGUAAUCAUAAGUGAAAAUGCUGGGGUUUGUACACAUGAAUCAUCAGUGAAUGAAGAAACAGAUUUAAUGACCCAAAAUGAAGAGGAUGGAGAAGCAGCAGUUUAGUGAGAUAAGACACGCCCACCAGUGUCAAUCACUGUGUCUUCACCAACAUUUCAGAUCGGCCUUUUACAAGCCUUUAGAAUCCAUCCAGUCAAACUGAGAACUGAGCCCUGUCUGUGUAAAAAGCUUAUUUGGUUUCAGAUGAACGAAGAAAUGUUUUGAUGAAACACUACAUACUUGUUACCCUUUUAACCUAACAAUUUAGAUUUUGAAAAAAGACAAUGAUUGUCGGAAAUAUAUUUUUUUAAGAUGUUUUAUGAAUAUGUUGUUUUGUGUAUGCCGUUUUAUAAAAAUAAAACUAUUGUAGGUUAAUCUUCAUGUACAGCUUUGAUCAAAGUGUCUCUAAAAAUCACGUGCUCCUCAAGUGUAGAAAUUAAUCAGACUGUUUACAAGAUGCACACAGAAUUCAAUGUCAGUGUGACAUUUUUUGCUGAAGAAACUAACAAAUUACUGCCCUGUGUUACCAUUAUUUUUACUGUUAAAUUUAUUUUAAACUGAAAACUUUGCAUGUUUUUAUGCUGUUAUAUUACAAUUCUUGAAUAUGUUGUCCGAAUAUACGUUUUGAAGAAAAUCUGUUUCUCCAUCCCAGAAUGGCAUGUUGUGCAAAAACCUAUUUGUUUUUCUCUUCACUCCCUGUAUGCAGGAAGUAAUGGCUGCCAGCUGACUCCAGUUAUUGGUUGUCUACUGUGGUUUGAGGAAUUACUGCCUUGUCGAUUUUCUCUUCAGUGUUAUUGUUUUGCAGUUGGUGUUUAUGGCAAUACAUACUUUUUGGUUUGUAUGGUAAUAAUGGUUUGUGUAUUGUUAAUUAGUUAAUUAGUUUAUAUUGUUAAAAGUUUGGAAAUGGAUUAAAAGAGGUAGGUGCCAUCUAACUUUCUUCUGUUUAAGCUAGUUAGGGAGUUGGUGUAUUUUGUUGUAUUUCUUUUAGUAGUUAGUUUUUUGUUAAUCUCUCUAUGGUUAGAGGCAUUUAUAUUUGUUGUUUCGGCAUUUACCUGAAGCCUCAGAUACCUCCCAUAUUUAAAAAAUAAACUUGCUUUUGAUAUUGA